GCUUUCUGUUUGAAAGUUGCACGAGUGCGCGGCCUCAGCUCUAACGAGGCUGCGACGUACGUGAGGCGCCUUAGCACGGUAUCGUGCACGGCUUUCUGUUUGAAAGUUGCACGAGUGCGCGGCCUCAGCUCUAACGAGGCUGCGACGUACGUGAGGCGCCUUAGCACGGUAUCGUGCACGGCUUUCUGUUUGAAAGUUGCACGAGUGCGCGGCCUCAGCUCUAACGAGGCUGCGACGUACGUGAGGCGCCUUAGCACGGUAUCGUGCACGGCUUUCUGUUUGAAAGUUGCACGAGUGCGCGGCCUCAGCUCUAACGGGGCUGCGACGUACGUGAGGCGCCUUAGCACGGUAUCGUGCACGGCUUUCUGUUUGAAAGUUGCACGAGUGCGCGGCCUCAGCUCUAACGAGGCUGCGACGUACGUGAGGCGCCUUAGCACGGUAUCGUGCACGGCUUUCUGUUUGAAAGUUGCACGAGUGCGCGGCCUCAGCUCUAACGGGGCUGCGACGUACGUGAGGCGCCUUAGCACGGUAUCGUGCACGGCUUUCUGUUUGAAAGUUGCACGAGUGCGCGGCCUCAGCUCUAACGAGGCUGCGACGUACGUGAGGCGCCUUAGCACGGUAUCGUGCACGGCUUUCUGUUUGAAAGUUGCACGAGUGCGCGGCCUCAGCUCUAACGGGGCUGCGACGUACGUGAGGCGCCUUAGCACGGUAUCGUGCACGGCUUUCUGUUUGAAAGUUGCACGAGUGCGCGGCCUCAGCUCUAACGAGGCUGCGACGUACGUGAGGCGCCUUAGCACGGUAUCGUGCACGGCUUUCUGUUUGAAAGUUGCACGAGUGCGCGGCCUCAGCUCUAACGAGGCUGCGACGUACGUGAGGCGCCUUAGCACGGUAUCGUGCACGGCUUUCUGUUUGAAAGUUGCACGAGUGCGCGGCCUCAGCUCUAACGGGGCUGCGACGUACGUGAGGCGCCUUAGCACGGUAUCGUGCACGGCUUUCUGUUUGAAAGUUGCACGAGUGCGCGGCCUCAGCUCUAACGAGGCUGCGACGUACGUGAGGCGCCUUAGCACGGUAUCGUGCACGCCUAACCAGAAACGCAGCUGGAUGCAAACGUUGGGCGAUUUCAGCCUGGGCCAGCCACUUAUGCCGCGCGCCCCUAAGUGGGGCCGCCCCUAUCCAGUUCAGAUAGCGACACGCCUUGACACCGGUACUUCCACUUUGGAAGGUCGGGGGGACUCUGACGACGCCACCGUCGCCGCUGUCGCUGCCGACGGCGACGGGAUCAGCGACGGGAUCGGCGACGAUGUCGUACUCACGGCGACCAUUGUGGCGCGAAAUGGCGAUUCCGGGUCCCCGGUUGAGGUGGUGGAGAUGUACGGCAGCGCCGCCGAACGAUUGAUGUCAGCGGCGGAUAUGGGUGUUCACACGCCGCGCCUCCGGGAACACAAGGACCUAGGUUCGCCGAACGUGAACUCGGGUCUGGGUAACGCAGCCUCCGCGCCAGCAGCCGCCGCCGCAGCAGCUCGUCCCAUGCGCCUAUCUGCCGUACGGCCGACGGGAGCGCCGCUGUUUACUUCCAUGGUUUCGGCGCCACCCUCGAUGCCGGCGGCGGCAGCGGCGGGUGCCGCCAUCGGGAAACGAUCCCGUAUGGGAAAACCCGGAAUCCCACCCCGCUGGCGCUGGGCGCAGACAUCGUACCCGCUGCCGGUGCUGGGAAUCUGCGGUACGGCAUCAGCAUCCGGCUGUGACACCGUCUGUCGUUCGUCGCGAUGUGAUACUGUCGCCGCCAAAGCCGCUUACGUUUGCUGGGUGCGCAAGGCCUUCGACAAGCCCCCGGGGUGGAGCUUCAACCUGCGUCGCGACCGGCAUAAGGAAUUCCGGUUGCUACUGCCGUCCCCACCGCCGCCGCUUGCGCCGCCGCCGCCGCCGCCGCCUGCGCCGCCUGCGCCGCCGCCGCUGCUGCCUACCAUGCCACCACCCGCUGGCGGGCCCCUGGGGAAAGGCGACGGCAGCGCCGCCGCCUCCCUGCUACUGCUGCAGCCGCCGUCUGGCCUCCUGCUGCUGCCGCCGCUACUGGCACCGGCUGUAGUGCUUCUGCGGAGGACGGAGGCGCUUUGCGGGACGGCGACGGCGGCGGCGACGGCUGUAGCUGUGGCAGUAUCUGUGGCUGUGCCUGAACAUGAGCCUGCUGGGCCUGAGUUGCGCGGCCCUGGGGUGUCGGCGGCUGGCUUGGCGGCCCCGGCUGUAGCUGUGGAGUGGCCGACUGGUGGUACGGCAGCUGGCUACGGGGAGCUACCGCCGGGGUGCGGUGGUGGCGAGGACCCGGGCGGCCCGACGACAUCAAUAGGGUUGGGCGCCCUUUAG